ACGACAGGAUAUAUUGUAAUAGUAUCUAUAGUAGCUUCGGAAUGAAAACAACAACGUGCAGGGAUCUAUAGAGGAAUAGGCUAUGUUCUUAUCAUUCUUGUUACUACUGCAUAAGUAGCCAACGCUUUGGGCGACUGACUGAUAUUAAUAUUAGGCCUACGACUGAUAUAUUCGGUCUUAAAUUACACAAACUACCGGUAUUCCUAAAUUUUAAUCAGCCAUCGAGUCGACUGAUGUCUGGAAAUCCUAGUGGUACUUAAGGGUGGGGCCGUAUUUGGCCUAUAGUACAAUUUGUUUAAAGAUAAGGAGCGAUAAACAGGUGAUCGAAAUGGCCUCUUUAGUUGCAAUUUUAAUACUUGUCACCCCAAUAUUAUUCAGUCAACUUGUAAAUUCGGUUCCCCACAUAUCAGAAGAUGAAGGCGGAUGCACUGGUCCAACAAUUUUACCAAAUCAACCGUUUGUUGUUGUAUGGAAUGUGCCAUCGGGAGUUUGUGAUGCCCAUGGUAUUAAACUAAAUUUCUCUCACUAUGGCAUAGUGACAAAUAAGAACGAUGUUUUUCGUGGUGAAAUGAUGACAAUAUUUUAUGGUAUAGGUGAUUUUCCAAGCAUAUCAGGAAGUCAUUUAAAUAACGGUGGUGUCCCAGAGCAUGGAAAUCUGACCUUACAUCUUUCAAAAGCAUCAGAAGAAAUUGAGGAUCUUAUUCCAGAUACUAGUUUUGAAGGACUUGGCGUCCUGGACUUCGAAGCAUGGCGACCAAUUUUUCAAACAAAUUUUGAUUCUUUGGCUAAAUAUCAACAGUUGUCAAUAGAACUAGUUAAACAGCUUCAUCCAGAUUGGACAAAUAAGACACAAAUAUACAAUGAAGCUGUUAAAGAGUUUAAUGAAGGAGCAAAAAAAUUUUUCCAAUCAACGUUGGAAGUUGCAGAGAAAUUACGACCAGGAGGUCAUUGGGGCUAUUACGGAUUUCCAGCAUGUAGAGGAGUCGAUCCAAAGACCAAUGUUUGUGGAAACGAACAACUUGAAAAUGAUAAUUUAAGCUGGCUAUGGGAACAAAGUACUGCUGUAUAUCCAAGAAUUUAUACGGUAGUAGGCGAAAAAAUUGAUCUCAGAGAGAAAGAAGUAGAACAUGUGGUUAAUGAAACAUUACGCAUGAAAGCUAAAUAUAUGUCACCUGGUAGAUUGGUUUUGCCUUAUACUUUGGUUCAAAAUGGUGGGACUUACUUUUUUGAUGAGGCCGAUCUUGGUGUUGCCAUUAAGGUACCUGGUGAUAUAGGAUCAUCAGGAGUUGUAAUAUGGGGUAGCAACAAUCAGUUUCAUGAACGUGGAGAAUGUGUUUUAUUACAGACAUAUUUAGAUUUCAUUCUGGGUCCAUACGUUUUACAGCUUACUAACUUUUAUACAAGUUGCAGUAAAACAAAAUGUUCAGGACACGGCCGGUGUAUUAAUCAGAAGUAUGAACUGCUUUAUCAAAAGUAUCUCCACCAAUAUGGCUGCCCUUAUUGCAAAAAGAAUUGGAAAGAAAUUAAACAAAUGGAAGAGAAAUUAAAACAUAACUAUAGCAAGAAAUCCAAGUUCGAUGUUGAUGAUUAUGUAUGCAGUUGUUACGCUGGAUGGAAAGGAAACAAAUGUAACAUAAAAGCUAAGUGAUAUAGCAAUACUCGGCUCUUAUUAUUUGUACAAGGAUACUAACCUAUAUAUUAAUAUAUAUACACAAAGGAAAAAGUAUCUCAACACCCCUAUUUAAAUAUAGUGCUACUGCUAGUUUUUUUUAUUCAAUCUUCCUUGAAAUGCCCCAAGAAAACACUGAACCAGCAAAGAAAGACGAAAACUGAAGUUUAAUUCUAAGUAGGGGAUUUAUUGUGAUUCUUUCGAGUUCAAAAAUAGAGAUGGAAAAUGGGUGAAACCAAGUCCAAACAACUAAGGCUGGCACAGGUCAAUCGAAAAUCCUACAGUUCAUCUCAUUUCAUUUCAUUUUAACUUGUCCAUAAAGCCGUCAAAACAGCACAAAAAUGUCUGGUGUAACCUCCACCAGCCUGGAUAACCUGUUGAAAUUUCCACCUCAUUGACUGCAUAAGACGUUGGAUCUGAGUCUGCGUUAGUCUGUUCCAUUAUUGGAUAGUGCACUGGUGGAUUUUACACCCAAGAAUGUCCAGCCGAUUACGAGUUCUGUAGGAUAGGAGGUGGCGUGAUGGCCAUCCACUUUUCAACAAGACUCAAUAGAGUUGCAUCUUCUCUUGCAGAUGUACUGCUAGGUCUGACAGAACGUUAACAGUUCGUUAUAUGUCAUUAGUUUGUUGAUUUUUUUUGCAAUAAUUAACUACUUGCCAUAUUCUGGCUGUAAUGUGUUGUACAGGUCCCAAUGUGAAAAACAGACAGAAAACACGGCGAUUUUAAAAGUUUUCUCAAUGCAAUAGUUGAUUUUGCAUCAUAGGUCUGUUACUUGCUGCACUGGCAACUUUCACUGGUAUACAUGGAAGAGAGAAUACCUCAAAUUUUUAUUUCACUUUUGCAUAUAUUUAUUUAUGUAUUGAAUUUCUCUAUAGCGCAUAAACGUUCAUGUGUUGCCAUACUUUUUUCUCUGUGUAUCCAUAACAUUCUGCAAGAUACGAUAUGUAUAAGCCUAUGAUAUGUAGCACACAAAAUGCAUCUGAAUAAUCUUUUUUUUAUCCAAUUGAUGAAUAUGUCACAUCUUGUUUUUAUUCCAAUGAUGAUCUCUGAUCUUCCAAGGUCUUUUUAUAUAUGAAAAAAUUUAAUAACAUUUUAUAAUAUUUGUAUGAUCUUUUUUAUUUUUAAUAAAAAUAAUUUAAUUGAAUAACAGUU